AAUAGAUUUUACAAUAACAUCUACAAAAAUAACUUUGUAGUAUUAAAUUGUAAUUAUUAUUAUUUAAUAAUAACAUAAUAGUAAUGAGUUAUUUUGAAUUUAUGUUGAAUAAAAAUUAUUCCUUGAUUGCUGAUUAUUAAAAUUAACAGUCGCUUAGAAUAUAGGAAAAGAAAUUCAAGUAUUUAUUUAAUUUUAUAUUGUUUUUUAGGUUUUAUGAAUAAUAUGACUGAUCUUAUAGAAGAAAGAAAAUCAAAAAUUCCAGAAGUCAAAUGCUGGUAUCCACAUGUAGUUAUAUAUGAUCCAAUUAAAGCUGGAAGUAUAGAUAGUACUGAUGUUGAACCACAUGAUUUAGGUAUAGUUAAAGCUGUCAAUUCUAAAUUCAAAGUCAAUUAUAAAGUAAAAGGUGAUCCUCUAAGCACAAUAUUUGUUGGACGACUUAGCUUAGAUACCACAGAGAAAGAUUUAGAAAAUGAAUUUUGUCGAUAUGGUCGUAUGGUUGCAUUACGUUUAGUCAAAGAUAUUGUCACUGGUAUGAGUAAACGCUAUGCUUUCAUUGAGUACAAAACACCUGAAAUGGCUUUAAAUGCUUAUAUCAAAUGUAAAUCCUUAGUACUGAAAGAUGUUGAAGUCCUAGUUGAUUUUGAAUGUGGUCGUUUAUUACCUGGUUGGAAACCAAGACGUCUUGGUGGAGGUUUUGGUGGUCAAAAACAAUCUGGCCAGUUACGAUUUGGUAGUAGAGCUAGGUUAUUUAGACGGCCAAUAAAUUUAAUGGCUAAUUUAUUAGAUAUUAAGAAAGAUAAUGAAAAGAAAUGUUGAAGUAACUUAGGUACCAAAUUAAAUUAAAUAUUGUAAUAAUAUAGUGUUAUAAAAGUGCUAUUAUUUUUUAUUAUUUUCAACAUUAUUUUACUAAUAUUUUUGUAAAAUAUUUUUAAUUAAUAAAAUUUAUGAUAAAAAAUUUGUAUUUUGGUUAUAAUUGAAUCAUU